AUGGCUCAGGAAUUAGUAUCUUUCAAUGAUGUGACUGUGGACUUCACACAGGAGGAAUGGCAGCACCUGGAUCCUGCUCAGAAGAUGCUAUACAUGGAUGUAAUGUUGGAAAACUAUUGCCACCUCAUUUCUGUGGGGUGUCACAUGACCAAGCCUGAUGUGAUCCUGAAGUUGGAACAAGGAGAAGAGCCAUGGACAUCAUUGACAGGUCAGACCUACUUAGAAAAAAACUGGAAAGCUGAAGACAUUUUAGUGAAAUUCAAGAAACACCAACAGAAGUAUUCUAGAUCAGCUGUAUUCAUCAGUCAUAAAAAACUGAUUAAGGAGAAUAAUAAUGCAUAUGACAACACAGUUACAUUAAGCAAAAACCCUAUAGAUUCAAAAAAUCUAAUUCCUGAAUAUAACCAUCAUGGAAAUAUUUUUAAAAAUGUAUCAGAAUUAGUCAUCAGUAAUAUAAGUCCUGCAAGAAAGAGGCACAGUGAGUAUGAUGGAUAUGAGAAGUCACUCUUUAGAGCUAAAUCAGAGACAGCUCACUAUGGAGUCAAAUCUUAUAAUCAAAAUGGUAGGGCUAUCAGUCAUAAUGAAGUUUGUAUGCAAUAUCAGAAGAUGGAAACUCCAGCUCAAUCAUUUGUAUAUAAUGACUGCAAGAAAUUAUUGCUUAAAAAGGGAAGCUUACUUACAUAUCAGAGAACAUACAUAAGAGAAAACACAUCUGAAUAUAAUAAAAGGAGAAGAGCAACUGAUAUUGAAAAAAAACAUAUUUGCACUGAAUGUGGAAAGUCCUUCUGCAGGAAGUCAGUAUUGAUUCUGCAUCAGGGAAUUCACACAGAGGAAAAACCCUAUCAAUGUCAUCAGUGUGGAAGUUCAUUUAGAAGAAAGUCAUAUCUCACUGAUCAUCAGAGAACACACACAGGAGAGAAACCCUUUGUUUGUAAUGAAUGUGGUAAGUCCUUUCGUUUAAAGACAGCUCUCACUGAUCAUCAAAGAACACAUACAGGAGAGAAAUCAUAUGAAUGUUUACAGUGUAGGAAUGCCUUCAGAUUGAAGUCACAUCUCAUCCGUCAUCAGAGAACUCAUACAGGAGAGAAACCAUAUGAGUGUAAUGACUGUGGGAAGUCUUUCCGCCAGAAGACAACCCUCUCUCUACAUCAGAGAAUUCAUACAGGUGAGAAGCCUUAUAUUUGUGUUGAAUGUGGGAAGUCAUUUCACCAGAAGGCAAACCUUACUGUACAUCAGAGAACUCAUACAGGGGAAAAGCCUUAUAUUUGUAAUGAAUGUGGGAAAUCCUUUUCCCAGAAGACAACUCUUGCUCUUCAUGAGAAAACUCAUAAUAAGGAGAAACCCUAUAUUUGUAAUGAAUGUGAAAAGUCCUUCCGCCAGAAGACAACCCUUGUAUUACAUCAGAGAACACAUACUGGGGAAAAAUCUUAUGAAUGCCCUCACUGUGGGAAGGCCUUUAGAAUGAAGUCAUACCUCAUUGAUCAUCACAGAACUCACACAGGAGAGAAACCAUAUGAAUGUAAUGAAUGUGGUAAAUCCUUCAGUCAGAAGACAAAUCUCAAUCUACAUCAGAGAAUCCAUACAGGGGAAAAACCCUAUGUUUGUAAUGAAUGUGGGAAGUCCUUUCGCCAGAAAGCAACCCUCACUGUACAUCACAAAAUACAUACAGGUCAGAAAUCCUAUGAAUGUUCUCAGUGUGGGAAAGCCUUUAGCAGGAAGUCAUAUCUUGUUCAUCAUCAAAGAACGCAUACAGGAGAGAAACCAUACAAGUGCAAUGAAUGUGAAAAGUGCUUUCGCCAAAAGACAAAUCUCAUUGUACAUCAGAGAACUCACUCAGGGGAGAAACCCUAUAUUUGUAAUGAGUGUGGUAAGUCCUUUAGUUAUAAGAGAAACCUCAUUGUCCACCAGAGAACUCAUAAGGGAGAAAAAAUGGACACGCAAUAA